CUGCUUCUGAUGUCAAAUCACUGAUGGAGAAAAAAAUAGAAAACGAAUAAAGUGGAAGUAAUUUUAUCAACAUUGCGAAUUAUUUGCACUAAUUUACAACUGUUCCCCAAUAAUUUUGCUGCUAGAGAAAGGAUUUCCAGUAUAUUAGUGGUUGCUGUUGAAAAUAAAGCUCAAACAAAAUAGAAAACAAUGGCUGGAAACGUAGUGCGGAUGUCUCAGCCCGGAACGCCAGCUGCCGCACAGUCCAACUACAUGAAAGUGUUUAUCCAGCGGGACUACAGCGAGGGCACUUCCGUCAAGUUCCAAACCAGAUUUCCUCCGGAGCUGGAAAGUCGGAUCGAUCGCCACACGUUCGAGAGCACGAUGAACAAACUGAACGAGUAUUUUGCCGAGGCGGAGAAGGGCUCCUGCAGCACGUACUGUGAGGGAUGUCUGGCGUGCAUUACCGCCUAUCUAAUCUAUAUAUGCACGGAGACGCACUACGAAAAGUGUUUACGCAAAGUGUCAAAAUAUAUUGCCAUGCAGAACGAGCGAGUCUACAACCCGAAGGGACUUCAAAUCACCGAUCCGGUCUGCCGAGGAUUACGAGUCAUAGAGAUCUCGAUAUUGGACCGCCCAGGACGCACGUGACUGCCACUAUCGCAUUCCACGGAGGAAUUCUUCAUGUAAAUCUAGUUUCAAAAACAUGUUACAUACACGGUAAUCAACUAGCAGCUAGCGUUAAAAAAUCGUCUAAUUAAAGAGGGAAAAAAAUACACAUGCAAGCCAAUCCAUCAGUACGACAUUUUAGCUGAAAUAUGUUGAUGCAACAGAAUAAUCCCUCAGUGCAAGUCAUCUAUCGAAAAAAGAUCAUUAUAGAUGGACCCUAUUGCGUUGAACGAGUUGUGUCAAUGCAAGUAAAAUAAGUAUAUUUUAUUCUAAUAAAAUAUCUUUGACCGGUUUUCGA